AUGGAGCCGUCUUCCGCCUUCCCAGCCCUGCCCGGUGUCGCGCCAUCGGGGCCACUGCUGUCACCGCUCUCCGGGGCCGAGCCGGGCGCGCAGGCGGGGGGCCCGGGGCUCGCGGAUCGGGAGGCUGCGGCGGGGGGCUCGGGGCGCCGGCGGCGGCAGCGGCCCCUGCCACGCGGGAAGCCGCCCUACUCGUACAUCGCGCUCAUCGCCAUGGCCCUGGCCCACGCGCCGGGCCGCCGCCUCCCGCUGGCCGCCAUCUACCGCUUCAUCAGCGAGCGCUUCGCCUUCUACCGCGACGGCCCGCGCCGGUGGCAGAACAGCAUCCGCCACAACCUCACGCUCAACGACUGCUUCGUCAAGGUGCCCCGCGAGCCGGGCCACCCGGGCAAGGGCCACUUCUGGACGCUCGACCCGGCGGCCGCGGACAUGUUCGACCACGGCAGCUUCCUACGGCGCCGCAAGCGCUACAAGCGCGCCCCGCAACCUGCACCCGCGCCCGGCCCCGCGCUGCUCCCGCCGCCGCCCGUCGAGCCCGGCCCCGCGGCCCCGCCAGCUCGCCUCUUCGCGGUCGACAGCCUGCGGCACCUGCCACCACCCGAGCUGGCCGGGCUGGGGGGCCCCGAGCCGCCCUGCUGCGCCCCGCCGAUCUACGCGCCCUGCCCUGAGCGCCUGGGUUUGCUCCCCGAGAGAAUCCUGGGCCCGAUCGCCCCCGGGGAUCCCUACCUGAGGCCUCCAGGCUUCGGGUCUGCGCUGGAGCACUAUCCUUGA